AUGGCAACUACAUCGAAAAAUGGACCUUCCGUGCUUUCGAUGCCCGGUGUUACUUGGAGCCACGGCCGGCUCUUGAUUUCCGAUCUCAGAAUGCGCAGAGGAGUGGCUUCGGAUAGCCUUUUUGGAGAUAGGGAGCACCACUUGUUCACCGCUAGAGUAUUAAGAGUAUUUGGGAGCCGUCGGACCAAAAAUCCCCGGGACGAUGAAGAUCCGCUUCCCUUUUUUCAACUCGUGAAGGCUUUGCGUACGUGCUACAAUCUCAGUUGGCCGUUUGCAUUUCUCUUCGUCCUAGCAGCCAACUUGCGGCUCGGUACCAUACGGACUGGAGGGUUCACACUCAAACAUCUCAAAAAACAUGGAUUGAUAGAGCAUGAUGCCAGCAUCACCAGGUAUAAUGCAAGCGAAGGCGACUACCUCGACCCACAAUGCGAGCUGGUUGACGAAUUCAUUGAUGGUAUUCACUAUCCUGCUGGGUUGGAUGAGGCGAAGAAGAUGAUUACAUUAGGAGAUUUUGCAAAGAAGAGAGUCGAGUUGGAAGAUAGGCUCACAUCUUUUCUUCCGCAACAGCCAAAAUUCCGAAUUCAUCUCCUAGGGAUUGGGGAAGCUGCCUUAGCUCUCCAAGCAUUUGCGGAUAAAAGCUCGCCUUUGUAUACACGUGAGAUCUGUGCAAGAGCUGACUGGCUAAGAAUAUGGUAUAAGGAGGAACGGUUUCCCUUGGAAUUGGGCUGGGAAAAUCGCCGGGAUGGGUAUAAGAUUACGUUGAUUGGCUUGAUCAGAACCGCAAGAAAGCUUCUGAAAAAAACAAAGGCAAUUGAAGAUGAGAAGUAA